AGGGCUAGCAGUAUUCUCAGGACCAGCUAGAACCUAAAAUGUCUAGGAGUCUGAGGAGCACUAGGGUGUCAGUGGGGGAUGGAACAGAAGACUAAGACAAGAAAAAAGGAGGUGGGUGGACGGCUAUGUGUUAUCUACUCUACUGAUCCCUCUUGAGCGUGAUGCAGGAGCUGAUUCCAACCCCCUUGUGAUGGUUUCUAUUCGGGUCUGACUCGGAGACUAUCUGCUGAGCAGAACCAAGAAAUUCACCCCUAAAGAGGAGUCACUGUAUUAGUCAGGGUCUCUGAACAAAGUUAGACCCAAGACACGGAAUCCUCUGGUCUGAAAUGGUCUCUUGCUUGAAAUUCUCUGCCUUGUACUCAAAGGAAAGAAGGCGCCGGUUGGAGCUUUGCUCAUCAAACGUGGUGCGAAUCUAGCUUCUUCUAGAAAAAGCAGCCUGCGUCACAUCGAAGCCAGAUUUGGUUCUUUGCUCUGAGAGCGGUUAGGCCAGUGGAGGGGCUGGCUUCCGUGACAACUGGUGCAGAGACAGGUGCAGUGUGGGUCCCACAGAUAUGAACUCUGAUAAAUGGUGCAUGAGCGCCUACUCUGUGCAAGAAUGGAGAAGAGAGCCGCGCAGCUCCCACCCUCCACGCAGCUCCCACCCUCCUGGGGUCCCCAUCGCAGCCUGAUCAUCUGCUGUCUUCUCAGCCAGGAAGAUGUUUCAGAUCCCGCUUCGUUAGAGUGUCUGGGAGGAAGUUAAUAUUUGCCAAUGGACUCCAAAGAAUCCUUAGCUCCCCCUGGUAGAGACGAAGUCCCCAGCAGUUUGCUCAGCCGGGGGAGGGGAAGCGUGAUGGACUUGUAUAAAAGCCUGAGGGGAGGAGCUCCAGUUAAGAUUUCUGCUUCUUCACCCACACUGGCUGCUGCUUCUCAGGCAGAUUCCAAGCAGCAGAGGAUUCUCCUUGAUUUUUCAAAAGGCUCAACAAGCAAUGCCAAGCGGCAGCAGCAGCAGCAGCAGCAGCAGCCUCCGCCGCCACAGCCAGAUUUAUCCAAAGCCGUUUCACUGUCCAUGGGACUGUAUAUGGGAGAGACAGAAACAAAAGUGAUGGGGAAUGACUUGGGCUACCCACAGCAGGGCCAGCUUGGCCUCUCCUCUGGGGAAACAGACUUUCGGCUUCUGGAAGAAAGCAUUGCAAACCUCAAUAGGUCGACCAGCCUUCCAGAGAACCCCAAGAGUUCAACAUCUGCAGCUGGGUGUGCUACCCCGACAGAGAAGGAGUUUCCCCAAACUCACUCUGACCCCUCUUCAGAACAGCAAAAUCAGAAAAGCCAGACUGGCACCAACGGUGGCAGCGUGAAACUGUACACCACAGACCAAAGCACCUUUGACAUCCUGCGGGAUCUGGAGUUUUCUGCUGGGUCCCCAGGUAAAGAGACAAACGAGAGUCCUUGGAGGUCAGACCUGUUGAUAGAUGAAAACUUGCUUUCUCCUUUGGCGGGAGAAGAUGAUCCAUUCCUUCUGGAAGGGGACACGAAUGAGGAUUGUAAGCCUCUCAUUUUACCGGACACUAAACCUAAAAUUAAGGAUACUGGAGACGCAAUCUUAUCAAACCCCAGCAGUGCUGCACUGCCCCAAGUGAAAACGGAGAAAGAUGAUUUCAUUGAACUUUGCACCCCUGGGGUAAUUAAGCAAGAGAAACUGGGCCCAGUUUAUUGUCAGGCAAGCUUUUCUGGGACAAAUAUAAUUGGGAAUAAAAUGUCUGCCAUUUCUGUUCAUGGUGUGAGUACCUCUGGAGGACAGAUGUACCACUAUGACAUGAAUACCGCAUCCCUUUCGCAGCAGCAGGAUCAGAAGCCUGUUUUUAAUGUCAUUCCACCAAUUCCUGUUGGUUCUGAAAACUGGAAUAGGUGCCAAGGAUCUGGAGAGGACAACCUGACUGCCUUGGGGACUAUGAACUUCCCAGGCCGAUCAGUGUUUUCUAAUGGAUAUUCAAGCCCUGGGAUGAGACCAGAUGUGAGCUCUCCUCCAUCUAGCUCCUCCACAGCAACGGGACCACCUCCCAAACUCUGCCUGGUGUGCUCCGAUGAAGCUUCAGGGUGUCAUUAUGGGGUGCUGACGUGCGGAAGCUGUAAAGUCUUCUUUAAAAGAGCAGUGGAAGGUAGGCAGCACAACUACCUUUGUGCUGGAAGAAAUGAUUGCAUCAUUGACAAAAUUCGAAGAAAGAACUGUCCAGCAUGCCGCUAUCGAAAAUGUCUUCAAGCUGGAAUGAACCUGGAAGCCCGAAAAACGAAGAAAAAAAUUAAAGGGAUUCAGCAAGCCACUGCAGGAGUCUCACAAGACACUUCUGAAAAUCCUAACAAAACAAUAGUUCCUGCAGCAUUACCACAGCUUACCCCUACCUUGGUGUCACUGCUGGAGGUGAUUGAACCUGAGGUGUUAUAUGCAGGAUAUGAUAGCUCUGUUCCAGAUUCAGCAUGGAGAAUUAUGACCACACUCAACAUGUUAGGUGGGCGACAAGUGAUUGCCGCAGUGAAAUGGGCAAAGGCGAUACCAGGAUUCCGAAACUUACACCUGGAUGACCAAAUGACCCUUCUACAGUACUCAUGGAUGUUUCUCAUGGCAUUUGCCCUGGGUUGGAGAUCAUACAGACAAGCAAGUGGAAACCUGCUAUGCUUUGCUCCUGAUUUGAUUAUUAAUGAACAGAGAAUGACUCUACCCUGCAUGUAUGACCAAUGUAAGCACAUGCUGUUUAUCUCCUCUGAAUUACAAAGAUUGCAGGUAUCCUAUGAAGAGUAUCUCUGUAUGAAAACCCUACUGCUUCUUUCCUCAGUUCCUAAGGAAGGUCUGAAGAGCCAAGAGUUAUUUGAUGAGAUUCGAAUGACUUACAUCAAAGAGCUAGGAAAAGCCAUUGUCAAAAGGGAAGGAAACUCCAGUCAGAACUGGCAGCGGUUUUAUCAACUGACAAAACUUUUGGACUCCAUGCAUGAUGUAGUUGAAAAUCUCCUUACCUACUGCUUCCAAACAUUUUUGGAUAAGACCAUGAGUAUUGAAUUCCCAGAGAUGUUAGCUGAAAUCAUCACUAAUCAGAUACCAAAAUACUCAAGUGGAAAUAUCAAAAAGCUUCUGUUUCAUCAAAAAUGACUGCCUUAACAAGAAAGGUUGCCUUAAAGAAAGUUGAAUUUAUAGCUUUUUCUGUACAAACUUAUGAAUUUGUCUUGUAGAUGUUUUGUCGUUCUUUUUGUUUCUGUCUUGUUUUGUUUUAAAUACGCACUACAUGUGGUUUAUAGAGGGCCAAGAUUUGGCAACAGAAACAGUUAAGUCAUCACUUUGAAGUGAUGGGGAAGCAGACAGUGAAGUAUAGUGGUUGGUGUAUCACAGAAACUGAAAAGUUAGUGGAGACAUGUCCACUGUCAGAGAAGGGCCGCACCUAAACCACCAGUGCCCAAAGUCCAUGUGAUCAACUUUCUGCUCAGACUUUCAGUUGGCUGGUUAAACUUUCUAGACUUUCUGAUGGUGUAUUUUUCCCAUGUAUAGUUAGGAUAGCAUUUUGAUUUAUGCAUGGAAUCUGAAAAAAGUUUACACGUGUAUAUCAGAAAAGGGAAGUUGUGCCUUUUAUAGCUAUUACUGUCUGGUUUUAACAAUUUCCUUUAUACUCAGUGAACUAUGCUUGCUCGUUUUUCUUAAAUAAUUUUUGUAUUCCAGUUAUUGUACAGCUGUUUAAGAUGGGCAGCUGCUUCACAGCUCACCUAGACGCUAACAUUAAUUUCCGUGUGAAAAUGGGUCGGUGCUCCUACCCUGAUGGCACUGAGCUAUCAGAAGACCACAGAAAUUGACUCAGAUCUCCAGUAUUCUUGUCAAAAGCUCUUACUCUGUAUAUAUCUGCUUCCAUGGAGAAUUACAUAGGUUGUGCAGAUAACCGUCCUAACUGGUAUAGAGCACCCAGCCUAGUGACCUGCUGGGUAAACUGUGGACGAUGGUUACAAAAGACUAAUUGUAAAAUAGUACCUACCAAAAGGCCCCGUUUGUACCUAAUGCCCUAUCUCUUUAAUGGUGAGAUAGCCAUAAAGUUUGUAAAUCAGCUCUUUCAGGACCUUCUGGAGUGGUUUGUAUAACAUUUUAAAAUGUAUUAUUCCAGAUAACCAGCUGUGAUAAAGCUAAGAGAUUGUUUUAAUCAGACCAAGUAACUUCUCUCGUUAAACUUCCCCCCAACUAAAUCUCUAAUAUGGCAAGAAUAGCUAGACACCCAUUUUCACAUCCCACCUGUCACCAAUUGGUCUAGCUUU